GACCAUAUUCGUUAUUUUCACCUAAAAAUUGGCCUUGUGUGAUUUCAAUUUUGACUACAAUUAAAAUGACUAUAUAAAUGACUAAAAAAUAAGUCAAUUUGAAGCAUUUCAUUUUUCAUACCCAGGAAUGAAAAUAUCACUCGGACCUACUUCUCAUCCGAAGUCGCGCAAGCACUUUUCUAUAUGUGAUUUGCCUGCGAGUGAAUAGCAGCCAUAUUGGUUUAUCUUAGGAGUCUUUUGACAGAGGAUUUCCCACUUUUUGUCUGUCUUUCAUGUCAAUUUGGGAUAUUUUGCAGCAGUCGUAGCAUGCCCACAUUACUGUUCUAUUGGUAUUCGUAGCUAUGGCUGACAGGCGAAAGCUUCAAGGUGAAAUUGACAGAUGCCUUAAGAAAGUUAGUGAAGGUGUUGAAGUAUUUGAAGACAUAUGGAAAAAGGUACAACAAGCAACUAAUAGCAACCAGAAGGAGAAAUAUGAAACUGAUCUGAAAAGAGAAAUCAAGAAGUUACAGCGAUUGCGUGAUCAGAUCAAAUCAUGGGUUGCCAACAGCGACAUCAAAGACAAGUCCACUCUGUUGGACCACAGAAAACUCAUAGAGACGCAAAUGGAAAGAUUCAAGGUGGUUGAGCGAGAAACAAAGACGAAAGCUUAUUCAAAGGAGGGUCUUGGGGCUGCUGCAAAGCUUGACCCACAAACAAAAGAGAAAGGAGAAAUCACAAACUGGUUAUCGCACAUGAUUGAUAAUCUCAAUGUCCAGCUUGAUCAGUUUGAAAGUGAACUGGAGACAUUAACGUGCACAUCCAAGAGAAAGAAAACUGAGCAUGAGAAACUGGAUGAGUUGAAGAGCUGGCAAGACAGACACAAAGUCCACAUUCAAAAGCUGGAGAUGGUCAUGAGGAUGGUGGAUAAUGAUGCCAUAACACCAGACCAGAUAAAGAAGAUCAAAGACGAUGUUGAGUAUUAUGUAGAAUCCAACCAAGAACCAGACUUUGAAGAAAAUAUGUUUGUGUAUGAUGACCUAGAUCUGGAGGAGAUAGGUGAGAAUGGUGCACUACAGCCAUCAUCACCCCCUGAAAACGAGGAUGCAGAGAAACUGAUGACAAUGGCAAUGAGCACGCCGACAUCAACAAACUCAAGUUCCCCUUCACCUAGUCCAAGUGUCAACCAUUCCACAGGGAGUGCGCAAUCAGAGGUGUGUGUUUUUCAGGACAAGUCUGAAGAAGUUGAGAGGAAGAGGCAUAAAUCACAGCCAGAUGAGAAGCUGCGAAGCAAUCAGUCAUUGACACCAACAAUAACAAUGAGUAACAAACAGACCACGCCUUCAAAACAGACAACUCAAAGCAACCCCCAUUCUCAAAAUUCUGACAGUAGUUCUAGCAAUCACCAUCCCACGACUCCAACCCCUCCUCUCACAGCAUACGCAGCGGCUGCCAGCAGUCAGAACAGUGCACCGGGUACUCCCAUUCCACGGCUCUCCCAUUCCAUCCCUUCUGUGUGGGGGCAGCGAAAUGCCUCUGCUCACAGUAGCUUCCUCCAGGAUGCUAAGCCCACAGGCAACUCUUUAGACCAUGUGGCAGCGGCAAGCAGUGCAACAACAAAUGGUACCCCUAACUCUGUAUCAACCAGUGUCAACUCUGUCUCUGUGUUAAACUCAUCGGGAAAUCCGUCUGUACCAUCAGCACCGUCACCGUUAAUGAGUGGCGCUGCAGCACCUUCACCCAUAGGCUCCACCAACUCUACAGCAUCAUCAACAACAUUAAUCUUGUCACAGUCACAACUUAAGACUGAUGCUCCGUUGGCAAUGAAUGGUCCCCUUACUGUUGUUCGGCCAUCAUUACAGAGUCGUGAAUUGAUGUCUUCAUUAAAAUCAAUGGCACAGCAAGCAAUUGUUGAAGCAGGUUUAGAGAGUCAGAUACCAACAUCUCAUGUCACAACAGAUAGCAAAGGUGUGUUUCUCAGCUCCACAGUACAAGCCCCUCCUUCACAGCCCACCGCUCCAUCACCUGAACAGACCAUCCCCAGUCAGCAGUCACAGUCGGUGCCGACAUCCACAGCACAACAGCCAUCGGUCCAACAACAGCAACAGGCACCGCAGACCACUACCAUCCACUUAAAUCCAUUGUUAGGUGUAGCACCUCUUGGACCCAUGCCACUCAGCAAAGAACAUUAUUAUCAGCUUUCUAUGUUAGAAGCUGCUUUUCAUCAUUUGCCUCAUCCUUCAGACUCUGAAAGAUUAAGGCACUACUUGCCAAGGAAUCCAUGUCCUACACCUUCGUACUAUCCCCAAGUCCCCCCUCCCCAUGCUGACUCCGUAGAAUUCUUCCAAAGAUUGUCAACAGAAACACUAUUCUUUAUCUUUUACUACAUGGAGGGUACUAAGGCUCAAUACCUGGCAGCAAAAGCAUUGAAAAAGCAAUCUUGGAGGUUCCAUACAAAAUACAUGAUGUGGUUCCAGAGACAUGAAGAACCAAAAACUAUUACAGAAGACUAUGAACAGGGCACAUAUAUCUACUUUGAUUAUGAGAAGUGGGGCCAAAGGAAAAAGGAAGGUUUUACUUUCGAAUAUCGGUAUCUUGAAGACCGAGACUUGAACUAAUGUUAGUGCCGAGAGAGCAAUGUGAUGUGGAUCUGCCAUUUUGUUACCUCUCGCUUGCCAAGCAUCGAGAAUGGACAGACUAAAAAUGCUGGACAUUGAAUUUACCCUUGAGAGGAAUGGAGGACCAUGUGCACCACAUGACAGUGGCAGUGAACGAGUUGAUCUCAUACCCUCAACACUGGAACAUCCGUUACACUGAUCCACUGCCUCAUUGGCUGUCUACCUGUCUGUCUGUCUACCUGUCUGUCUACUAGGUUGGUUAGCUUAUAGUGCCUGAUGUGUUAACAAAACUUGAAAACUUUUGGGAAAUACUUUAGACCCACCAUUGUCCUUUAUCAUGUGCUAGGUUCUCUUUCUCUUGUUGUCUGAAAUGAAGAGUGCUAAUCAAAAUAAUUAUCAUUUUCUCAUAUUCACUUUUAACCCAACAACGCAGUUAUUUUUAGAACCUGUUACAGAAGAUUGUGUCAAAUAUAUGAAGCUUAUGAAUCUGUCAUAAUGCAAUGAGUUUUUAGAAAGUGCUAUGUUUAUUAUAAGUGCUGCCAAUUAUGUCAGAUGUAAGUUCAUAUAUUGGCUCAGUUCUGUGUCGAAAACAGUACGGGUGGGUGUGCUAUACUGAAAUUGGCUCAGACAUACUUUUAUGUGAUUUAUUUCAUGAAAAUUUCAAACAUCAAACAAGUUGAGGUUAUGGUUUUUAUGCUGUACACUGAGUGUAUGUUUCUUUUCUUAUGUGAUUUUUUGUUGUCAUGGAUGCCAACCUUAGCCACCAAGAACUGCCGUUGAGCCCAUUGCAGCUCCUCAACAUACUGACGACAUGGGUCGACUGUCAUUAGAUGUUUAUCCUAUAUUUCUUUAUGGUAAUUGAUGUAUGAUUACAUGUGUAGCUGAUGCUUUAUUUGACUGAAGUAGAUAACUUUUGAUGGGCAGAAUAGGUGGGCAGGCAGACAGUUUGAACCAGUUAGCAUAGUCAUUUAGAUACGUCUAGCACAUAACACAAUGAACCGAGUGAGAGCGAAUGAGAAGUGGUCUUGGAUCUGUUAUACAGAGUAACACUACUGUGCCCUGUCUUGUGUGAAUGAGAGCAGCACCGAUGACACAAAGCAUUUUCCUGGUCUGAUGAGAUAUGGUGCUAUUAUUGAGCACAUCAUUUCUUCACUGUUUUUGUGCAAUGUUAUUGUGGUUACGCCACUCCAUUAGAUUCCACUGCUACCAUCCCUUUUCUGUGUAUGAUGGUGACUGAAACAGUUAGCUGAUGAUGUACACAAGUCAUGAUAUCAUUUCACCUGUGUUGUGCAUUCAUCCAGAGUUUGGCUACUCAAUUAUGCUCAUUUAUGAUUUUGCAGGGAAGACAUACAUUGUUAGGUUGUUUAAUGAAUGUAUCAGAAAUGUGGAAUGAGAGUCUGAUAAUCAAAGGGCAAUCCUUUUACAGAUGUUGUAUGAAGGACUAAGCAGGUAGCAUACUGAUCAGUAUUUCCUCAUAUGUAAUUAAUUAGUGAACAAAACUAUGUAGAAUAUUAAGUUAAGUAAACAAGGAAAUUUCUUUUAAGGUGUAAAGGUUAUGUUUUGGUCUAUUUCUUCCUUUCAUCAAAUCACAAGGCACGAUAUGUUGUCCAACAAGAUGAGUUAGUACUUUCAUUAUUACCAGGGUGAGGGAAUUGUUAAAUCAGUUUAGUGUAGCAGCACUUGAUGAUGCCUUGUUUGACUAUGUACUUGGGUUGCCUCGCCCAUAUUUCUGGGUAUCAUUCAAUCGAUACAGCUUGAUACGAUUAUCAUAAAGACAAAAUGCUUUAGAAUGAGAGGUCAUUGGUCUUAGUUGUCAUUCGAGGAAUGUUAUGAGCCCUUUGUAAACUGUGAUAUGGAUGUACAUACACUUGUUCAGAGAGGUGUGUUUGUGUGUGCCAUUAUGCAUAUCACACCACAGGCAUUUGGGUGGCAGGUUUAUCAUUCACAGGUUGUAUUUAGCAUUUGCCUCGGGACCAGAGCUAAUGUUUUCCGAUCUCACAAUCUUGCGUGUUAAAGCUUCCUGCCAAUUGAUUUUUUAUGACAGGGUGCAGGUUCUGAUUGCUGAUAAUUUUAAAGAGAACAAGCUAAACUUCAUCACGCAACACAUAAUUUCAAAUUUUUCUACUUACCUGCACAGAUUCAAAUUCCUGCAGCUGUAGUUUCUGUAUUUUACAUCGACUAAAGGAGACAAAAAGGAAAUGAUCAUUCUUGUGAAUGUUUCUACUGUCUGUCACUUGCUAUGUAGAGUAAGGAGGUAGUUGUUGCUUUUGUGGAAGUUUAUUAUGUACCUUGGGAUAUCAGGCUUGUCAGCUGCACGCAAACUAUUAUAGAAGCACGCCAAAUAAUAUUUGCUUGAAUCCAUUCUGUUGUAGGUCAGAUAACUUACCAGGUUUAAUGCAAUUAUUACUGUGCCUACUUCUGACAAAUCUUGAGAUGUUCUGUCACAGUCCUUUACUUGUAUUCCCUGUAUAAUGUCUGUGAUAACCAAAACAUAUCAUCAGGAUGUGAGAAGCCUUGGUGAUGGUGGUGGACAGGUCUAGCUAGACACCAGAUUGUAUUUCAUCACUGCCAUGGUGUGAUGUAUUUGCUCAGGUUCUUUAAGCUUCUCUGUCGGAUAGGCUCCAUUAUCUGUCCUCAUUUAUAAAAAUAGUGUGGUUAGUAUUACAGAGUUAUGCUCACUAGUUCACAGCGUUUGGCUUUAGCUGUACUGUGGCAUAUGGUUUUAUGGACACUGUUGAAACAUUUUGAGAUGAAACAUCAGUUCCCUCUCAUGUAUCAGAAAUUUGAAGGGAACCCAAAGUCUUAAAGAAGAGGAACUCAGACAUUUAUAAUUUUAUAAAGUAUUCUGAGCUUAAAAAUAGUAAUUUAUACUUGUCUCUUUCAAUGCCAGACCAUGAACAGGGUUCAAUUAAUGUGGAAACGUAAACAUGACCCAGAUACAUUAUUUGUGUAAUGUAGACAGUUUUUCACGGGAAGCCUACUAUCCAUACUAGUUGCCUUACUGCAUCUCAAGCUAUGAUGAUUUAGUUAAUUCUGUUGUAUCCAUCAUGACCCAUCUCAUUCACAGAGUCCAUGUAGGAAGCGUGUGUUGCCAGACUGACUGUGUCAUAUGUGAGAGCCUGUGAGCGCGAGUGAGUGUGUGACUGUGUGAGUCCUCGUUCAAUGCAACAAAGCCAGCUGCCAGCCAGUUGGUUCUCCACUCUCAGCAUCAACGAUGUGCAAGUCUAGGACAGAACAAGCUGUUGGUUUUUUAGUCUGAGGCUGUGUACACAUGUCCUUAUUUUUGUACAGCAUGUACAGCGACGCCUCGCAUGAUGGCCCUUGUGCUCCUUGCCCCAGUGUUUCUACACUGGUGAGGGGGUUGUAAAUAUAAAUAUAAGGGGGGCAACAUGCAUACAUGGGCGGUCAACACAUGCAGAAAAUAAAAAAGUGAUUUUGUCUGUGCA